UUACAGCGGAAGUGGGAAAGUCACAAACGGAAAUGGAAAGUGCCGAACACGGAAAAUGACGUUUUGAGUUGUGACCUAUUGGAAUUUGUGACAACCGUGUUCUAUAGUGCCACUAGCCAUCUAUUUCAACAAAAUAACUUGAAAUAAUUCAGGUGACCAACCAUCAACUACCACCACCAACAUCAUCAUGGGCUUUCUACUGUCGAAAUCCAUGGAUGCCAACUUGAAGAAGCAGCAAGAGUUCAUGCUUCACAACACCAGGCUGCAGAUGGAACGUCAGAUGGAGAUGCAGAACCAGAUGCGGGAGCGACAGAUGGCCAUGCAGGUGGCCGGGUCCAGAGAGUUCCUCAAAUACUUUGGAACAUUCUUCGUAGUGGCCUCCACAGGACUGGCCCUCGGGGCCAUGAAGACAAAGAAGCCGGCCAUGAUGGCCCCCAUCUUUCCUCUCAGCUUCGUCCUAGCCUACCAGUUGGACCAAGCUUACGGGACCCUCAUUCAUCGAAUGAGAGGCGAGGCCGAGAGCAUCAUGGCGUCAGAACACGAGCGCCUGGCCCUUCCUCAUGGGACUCCAACCUUCGACAGCGUCGAGAAAGCCCGUCGCGCUAAGAGCAGCUUGGCCUCCAUCUUAGACAAGUGAUGGAUGGAACAGCUAAGUCACAUCUUUUUUUGUGCCAAAAUUAAAUCCUGAUUAUUAAACCAAGAAAUGAACCAUUAAAAUCCCGGAAUAGAUUAGCCAUUCAUUCAUGAAAUGGCGAAAUAUCCUCUGGAAUAAUUACAUUACAACUGUUUUUAGUCACAUUAUGAACG